AUGUCACCGAGUUCGAGCACGGCACAUGCCGGAGCCUCGCCCGGCGAGGUUUUCAGGUCGCAGCCGGCCAUUAUCUCCGGCGAUCCCAGUGACUCCUCAUAUUCGUCGUCUUCCUCAAUCUCCAACAUCACGCAGGCCUUUCCUUUCUCUUCUGGAAACCCUAGAAUCGAAGAGACCAGAGGCAUCAUGCUUCUCUACCGCGAUGACGCCGACGUCGUUUCCACCUCGCCCUCUCACCUCCCCGUUGGAAGGAAGCCACUUGUUUGUGUGCUUGGAGUGCCGAAUCACAUGACAUAUGCAGACUUUUGCCAGUUUUGUGGUUCAUUCAUUCAGCAUAUUUUGGAGAUGCGGAUUGUCAGGAAUGAUGGAAUGGAAGAUCGUUACAGCAUUUUGAUUAGGUUUGAUAGUCAGGACUCCACAGAUGAUUUUUACAAGCAUUUCAAUGGAAGCCGAUUUUCGUCGCUUGAGGUGGAGGCUUGUCGCAUUCUCUUCACGGUAGAUGUUCAAUACACUGGUUCAAUAGAACAUGCACAGGCAUCAUCGGGAAGCUCAACCGAGCAGCCAUCAUGUCCAGUCUGCCUUGAGAGACUAGACCAAGAUAUGGGUGGAAUUCUCACGACUAUCUGCAAUCAUUCUUUCCAUUGUUCUUGCAUUUCAAAAUGGACGGAUUCUUCUUGUCCUGUAUGUCGAUAUUGUCAGCAGCAGCCUGAAAAGUCUAACUGUUUUGUUUGCCAAACUUCUGAGAAUUUGUGGAUGUGUGUUAUCUGUGGCUUUGUUGGCUGUGGGAGGUAUAAAGAAGGACAUGCCAUAAGACAUUGGAAAGAUACAGAACAUUGUUAUUCUCUUGAAUUGGAAACGCAGCGUGUGUGGGAUUAUGCUGGAGACAAUUAUGUUCACCGCCUAAUUCAAUCUAAAACUGACGGGAAAUUGGUUGAAUUGAAUUCACCGUAUAAUGAGUGUGGAAGCUGCGAAUGUAUAGAUUCUGGAUUCAGUGAGGCCCUUUUGAACAGUAAAGUAGAAGCGAUUGUUAAUGAGUACAAUGAACUGCUUGCUACUCAACUUGAGAACCAAAAAGUGUAUUUUGAAUUGUUACUGCAAGAAGUUAAAGAAGGAACUGAAAGAGAAAUUUCUAAUGCUGUUGAGAAGGCUGUACCACUAAAGAAAAUGCAGGCCAAGCUGGACAGAUGUGUAAAAGAGAAGAAAUUUCUUGAUGAUCUUAAUGAAAACCUUUUAAAGAAUCAGGAGAUUUGGAAAGCAAAGAUACUUGAAGCUGAAGAGAGGGAGAAAAAGACUUUGAAACUAAAGGAUGAUAAAAUUAGCGACUUAGAAGAGCAGCUUAGGGAUUUGAUGCUCUAUCUUGAGACUGGGAAGACAGUGGAGCAGCCAUCGAUAUCAAAUGAAAUAAAGGAUGGCACUGCCUUGCCAGCAUCGAUAGAGUUGUCGCAGCCAUCAAUUGUGUAUGGUAAGGGGGUUAUGAGUUGCAAAAUUAUGGUAAUGCUUGAUGGUUGUUGGGAAUUUAUGCAUUCAAACCCCACUAGGCCACCUCCACAGCAGGCACUUUUGCUAGGGCAGGAGGCCCCUUUGCUGGGGUUUGGACCUCCACAGCAGGAGAAGCAGCCUGGGCAAGCUCAAGGGCACAUCUUGCUUGGGCUUCAGCCCGAAGCCUUUUGGGGUGGAACCAAAAAAUGCAAAGCUGCCACUAUUCACGUGAAUAGUAGCAGCCCUGCCCUUGCCUUAACCUUAGUCUUUUGGAGUGGACAUGCUCUUAGAGAUGAUAUUGGGUUAAAGUAG